UGCUUGAAAAUUAUACUAGAUAAGAAAUGCCUUGAAUAUAUAUAUAUAAGAAUAUUUACAUUGUUUUCAAAAGAAUUAAUUGAUCUUCUUCUCUCAUUCUCUCACCAUUUAUAUAUAUUCUUCCUUAGUCAAUUACCCAAUUACCAUGGCUUCACAGCUCAAUAAUCAGCUCCAUUUUGUUUUGAUACCCUUGAUGUCUCCUGGCCAUCAAAUACCUAUGAUAGACAUGGCCAAGCUUUUAGCAAUCCAUGGAAUUGUUGUAACUAUUGUAACUACACCUCAAAAUGCCAUCAAUUUCACUUCAACAAUUCAACUUUCCGUUCAAUCCGGCCUUAAAAUCCAACUUCUCCAACUCCAAUUUCCGGCAACAGAGUCCGGCUUACCGGCCGGAUGUGAAAACAUGGACAAGCUUCCCUCUAGAAGCUUGAUCAGAAACUUCUUUAUUGCUGCAAGUAUGCUGCAACAACAAUUCGAACGAGUCUUCCACACUUUAAAACCUCGUCCAAGUUGCAUAAUCUCAGGCAAGAAUCUUCCUUGGACGGUGGAAACUGCUCGGAAAUUCAAGAUUCCGAGAAUCUUUUUCGAUGCAAUGGGGUGUUUUUCCUUUUCAUGCUCAAAUAAACUUGAAACAUCUAGAGUACAUGAAAAUCUUUCCAAGUUUGAGACUUUUAUAGUCCCUGACUUGCCUCAUCGAAUCGAGUUGAGCCAAGCCAAGCUACCCGAAAGCCUAAGUCCAGACUCGAAAGACUUGAGCGAUGUCCGAGACAGUCUUCGAGCUGCUGAAACUAUACCAGAUGGGAUUGUUGUUAAUACAUUUGAAGAAUUAGAGAAAGAAUAUGUUACAGAAUAUAUCAAAGUUAAAGGCAAUAAUGUUUGGUGUGUUGGUCCAGUUUCAGCUUCUAAUAAGCUAAACCUAGACAGAGCAGAAAGAGGUAAAAAAGCUUCAAUAGAUGAAACCCAUUUGUUAAAAUGGCUUGAUAUGCAGGAACCUGAAUCGGUAAUCUACGCAUGUCUUGGUAGCAUUUGCGGGCUAACAAGUUUGCAAUUAGUAGAACUAGGGUUAGGCUUAGAAGCAUCAAACCAACCAUUCAUUUGGGUUAUAAGAGAAAGUGAAAAAUCUGAAGGG